GAAAAUAGGAGAAAGAGAUUCAACAUGACUCGUAACCAAUUCAGUAGCGGUUUAGAAUCUGCAAACUUGGUGGUGACGUCUGAUCCGGUACACCAAGCAUGGAGUGCGAUUGAGAAACAAAAGCAGAUUAAUCCAAAUGCAGAACCAACUUUGUGCAAUGUAAUCCAAGAAUCAAAUCUUACCAUCAUAGCUUUUGGCAAUCCACUUGACUCUCUUCAGGGACAAGAGAGCUUGGUUUCAUCAUCAACCCUGAAAGCCAGCAGUUUCACUGACUUUGAGUUUCUAAGCAACAAAAGCAACGAAAGUUUCUCAGUCAAUCAAGCGGCAAUGAAGCUCUUUCGCUCCAACUACGAUGAGUUGAAUCAGAAGAAAACUGAGCUGACAAAGCUUAGCGAGAGUUCACUAAUAAUCAUCACCGGACAAUCUAUGGGAGGCACUGUGGCUACGCUCUUCACCUUAUGGUUGUUGAAAGAGCCCGAUUUAUUGAAAACCAAACGUCCCCUUUGCAUUACUUUUGGCUCACCCCUUGUUGGCGAUGAACACCUCCGACAAUGUGUGUUACAAUUCACAACAUUGAAAUCUUGUUUCUUACAUGUAGUCGUCUCUAACCAAGAUCCUGCACGUAAACUUUUUGUAACCCAAUAUAGUGGUGCUUAUAAGCCUAUAGGGUCAUUUCUAUUAUGCUCUUCAUCCGGAUGUGCUUGCUCUGAAGACCAAAAUCUCAUUUUGGAGCAGUUGAUGACAAUCAAUCUUCAAAAUGGAGAAAACCAAGACUCUAAUUGUGAAUGGCAUUAUGGUCAAAUUUUGGAAGAACUCAAGCGUAAGGCGUUAUUUAACCGCAGUACCAGGUUUAUUGAAGGGGAAACAGAUCCACUUCAAGCAAGCAUUAUCACACAACUACUUGCAAUUGGAGUUCUCGCACAGCAACAACCAGGUACAGAGAUGAAGAUUCUUAUCGGAAGAAUGAAAAAACAUGAAACAGAGUUAUUAAUUCAGAAGAAGAAGAAUUCGGGUUCAGACAGGAAACUAAAUAAAAUGAAAACGUGCUUGGCCUUAUUCGAGUGGUACAGGAAGGAGUCGAAUAUUUUGAACGUCGGAUACUAUGACAUGUACAAAAAGCAGUGCAAUCCAAGCGACAUCAAUGUCAAUGAGUACAAGAAAAGGCUUUGGAAUUUCUGGGAGGACUCGGUUACAGAAGCAGAGAAUAAGCCUCAGCUGGAAGGAGCUCCCUUUAUGGUUCGUUGGCUUUGGGCAGGUACAAACUACAGAAGGAUGGUUGAACCACUUCACAUUGCAGAGUUCUACAAGAAAAGUGGUGCGAGAGAUUACAAAAAUGGUGGGAAAAGGCCUAAACAUUUCAUUUUGUUGGAGAAAUGGCUUAAGAAGAAGGAAACAGAGAAACCAAAACCUAAAAGACAGAUGCCUGCCACUGUAACCGAGGAUUCUUGUUUCUGGGCAGAAGUAGAGGAGGCCAUUAUCUUAUGCAACCUUUUGCAGAAUGGAGAAUCUAUUACUGAUGCAGAGAAAAUAACAUACAAGGAAGACUUGAAGAAGUUUGAGGACUAUGUGUGGGAUGUGAUCGACAACUAUACAGUGUGUCCCGAUAUUUUCCUGGCGAAGGGCACUUUUAUGCGAUGGUGGAAGGAGUACAAGGGAAUUGUUGGAAGUUCUUACUCGUCACAGCUCGCCGACUACAUGAAUACUCGCACGUACCUCAAGUAUACAUAAUGAAAGGAGCUUCCCUGGGUUCUCAAUGAAUUGUACCUUGCUUGGUGUUAUCUUUCUUGUUGUUGUGUCCUUAACACUUGUAUUUCUUUCUUUUUUUUCUUCGAUAGAAAAUUUCUCUGAUUUCCUCUUAUUACCAUAGUGAUGGUCUUAGAGCCUAUUACUUUGU